UACGCAUUUUCAUUGCACUGUUGUCGCGGCCGCGUCGCGCUGCGGACGCGAGUGUCGACGCCAGACGAUUAUCGUCUCAUACUCGACGUACUUAAGCUUUAUUAUAGUGUGUAUACUGUUAUUUAACGUAGUUUCAGGUCGCUUUCCGCGGUGUAUUCCGAGUUUUCCCGCACGUGUGCUUCACUGUUUACGUGUGCCACAGCUAGAGUCAUUGACACUCGGCAUGACAUACAUUCGGAGAGUGACGGCACGCCAACACGCCCGUUUUUUCGCGAGUGCGGAGUCUAACACGUUUCUCAACCUUAUCAGAAGUAUUUUUUGUCUGUGGUAUUGUUUAUUAUCAGCAUAUCUAAGUGAUAAGCGACUCUCUUUGAAUGUCGCGUUUUGCGAGUAAUGAUUUCCGCUUUGCGUUGAUUAGUGUAUCGUAUUUUUUUACAAGUGUUUUCGUAUUUAGAAAGAGUGAUUUAUUGUUAGUGUAAUGUGUUCAAGUUAAAUAAUAUAGUGCAAUAUAUAUGUGAUACCAAAGUGUCCAAAGUUAGAAAAAAGUAUUUAUUUAAAAUAAAAAAAGUAUAUAAAUAAUAUUUAUUUACUACUUACUAAAAGUAACUUUAAAAAAAUAUAAAAAAAAAUACAAAAUUUUUUGACGAAAAGUACCAGGGUCGCAUAAAUCUCGUGGAGGUUAAAUUCGCGGUAACUAGUUCGCGCGUUAAAGGCUAGAUGGCGCGGUGACAAAGUGGCCUACAUGCCGGUGGCGCUGGGCUCGCUCGGCGGCGAGGGCGAGUACCGCGAGUACCACCACCUCUCGCCGCACCAUCCUCACCACCACCCGCACCCGCAUCCGCAGCACCAUCAGCUGCAGUAUGAGUACGCGCCGCCGCCGCCGCCGCCGCUCUACCACCCUAUACCGGACCCUUAUUAUAGGAGGCACGCACCCUACUUCGGGCAGCCGGACUACAGAGUAUAUGAACUCAACAAACGGUUACAACAGAGAACAGAGGACUCGGAUAACCUUUGGUGGGACGCGUUCGCGACGGAGUUCUUCGAAGACGACGCGACCCUCACUCUCACAUUCUGUUUAGAAGAUGGACCUAAAAGAUACACAAUAGGAAGGACGCUGAUACCGCGGUACUUCCGUAGUAUAUACGAGGGCGGAGUCUCAGAGCUGUACUACACGAUGAGACAGCCCAAGGAAUCCUUCCACAAUACGAGCAUCACGCUCGAUUGCGACCAUUGCACCAUGGUCACGCAUCACGGGAAACCUAUGUUCACUAAAGUGUGCACGGAGGGGCGGCUGAUCCUGGAGUUCACGUUCGACGACCUGAUGCGCAUCAAGUCGUGGCACCUGGCCGUGCGCGCGCACCGCGAGCUGAUCCCGCGCCAGGCCGUGCACCCGCCCGACCACGCCGCGCUCGACCAGCUCGCCAAGAACAUCACGCGCCAGGGCAUCACCAACUCCACGCUCAACUACCUCAGGUUAUGCGUAAUUCUGGAACCGAUGCAGGAGCUUAUGUCCCGACACAAGGCGUACGCGCUCUCCCCCCGGGACUGCCUCAAGACGACGCUCUUCCAGAAGUGGCAGAGGAUGGUCGCGCCGCCGGAGUCGCAGCGGCCGGCGAGCAAGCGACGCAAGCGCAAGGGCAGCGCCGGCGCCAACGCCGCGCCCCCCGCGCCCGCCAAGAAACGAUCCCCCGGACCCAACUUCAGCCUCGCCUCGCAGGACGUGAUGGUGGUCGGUGAGCCGUCGCUGAUGGGCGGCGAGUUCGGAGACGAGGACGAGCGACUCAUCACGAGGCUCGAGAACACUCAGUACGAGGGGGAGGGCGUCGAGUGGAGCAACCCCCCGCCCGCCUCGCCCGCCAAAACACCCCCCGGCAACCACUGACACUUGGACAUGUCGUAUAAAUAAAUAAAUAUAGGCCUUUACGGAUAACAUUCA